CAGACACAGUGAAUUCAGUCGAAAUAAAUUAAAGAACUAUACAUUUAAUAACAAAAUCGUAAUUUAGCAAGCGUUAAACGUUUCCUUGCGCCUCCCAACCUGAGUUGCAGGAGAAGAUUUGCACAGCAAAACGAGGCAAUAGGCAUUUAGCAUGAAUGCAAGCGAAAAUUCGCACUGAAAAGCGAACCAAAAGGCGAUUCGUAAAAGAGAGCAGAAGCAGAAAUAGAGGCAAAAGCAGAAAGCGACCAGCCAGCCACAAAGCACGAAAGGCUAACCCCCAAACAAAAAGAAGUGCGUGAAUAUUUAGAAAAAUUAACGCCAGACCGCCAUUAGUGUUUUUGUUAUCGUCGUCCUCGUUCUGUUGUUGUUGUUGGUGGUUGAAAAUUGGUUAAAAUUCACUGUUGCUGCAUUGCAAAAACGACAAAAAAAUACGCGUAGCAGCAGCACACAAAAAGAAAACUGCAAUUGACAAGAAAAUGUAUUGUUGAAGUUGAAUGCUGGAAGAGGCGAAAAAGAGCGAACGACACUUCAUUAACCAACCAUAUUGUCGUGGUCCCAAUCGAAGCGAAACAAACCGCUGCGAACAAGAGACAAAUCUGAGAGCCGAAAGUAAAAAUACAUAAGAAGAAAAACAAAACGAAAAUAAAUACAAUUUAAACCAGAAAUAAUAAUAGGUACUAAAGCUAAAGAAAAAGCAAAGUUUCGUGCGUUCGUCGACUUCUGCUGGUUGCUGGUGUGCUGGUUCGACUACUGGCAAAAAACGGACGAGCAUUGUGUGCGCUGCUACUCAGCCCCAACUGCAACACUGAAACGGGACAAGCUGCAACCGCAAGAGCAACGAAAAUAGUUUCCACAGCAACAACAAGAACUGCAAAAGCAGCGGCAGCGGCAAUUGGCUUGCCUAUUUAUUAUGAACAACAAUAGUAAGCGGAAAACUCGACCUAGUGGUGGUAGCGGAGGUGGAGGUGGUGGCGGCAAUGCCAGUGGCGGCAUCUCAAGAUUUAACGCAAACGAUAACAACCUGAGACCAGCGAAUAACAAAGCACGUCCGCUGGCGCAGGGCGUCUACAACAAUACCUAUUUUAUGCACUCGGCCACCGCGCUGGUGGGCAGCGUCGUUGAGGUGCGUCUGCGUUCGGGCAACGUCUACGAGGGAAUCUUUGGUACAUUCUCGCCCAAUUUUGACGUCGCUCUGGAGCUGCCGUCGUGCAUUAAAGGCUCCAAAAAUCUGCCGGACGAGGGCAAGAAACACAUCAUAUUUCCGGCAGAAACUGUCGUCACUAUAAUGGCCAAGGAUUUUGAUGCGCAGUAUGCGACUGCUGGUGCCUUUCAAACGGACGGCGCUAUUUCAGAGAAAUGCAAUGGAACCCGUUUUGAUGAAAAGGAACUCGAGCCAUGGGAUUCGGGUGCAAAUGGUGACAUUGACAUAGAAUUGGAUGGCGCUGCCAACGGAUGGGAUCCAAAUGAAAUGUUUCGCAAAAAUGAGAAUCAGUUUGGCGUACAAUCAACCUUUGAUGAUUCGUUGGCCUCUUACACAGUUCCACUGGAUAAGGGCGAUUCGCUGGAGUUCAAGGAGGCCGAGGCCAAGGCAGAGAAACUGGCUGCCGAAAUAGAAAAUAAUCCCGCAUGCCGCGAGCGCCUGGAUCUGGAGAAUGGUGAUGAAGAGGCGCUCUUCGCUGCUGUUGAACGGCCUGCUCAGGAGCGUGAAGUUUGCGAGCGUGGUGUAGAAAGAGAGCGCAACGACCGUAAUGAUAGAGAGCGCGAUGAUCAUCGCGAUCGGGAAAGGGAUCGCGAUCGGGAUCGCGGCAAUAAGGUGCGCAGUGGCAUCAUAAACAACAAUAGUGGUGGCGGCGCAGGCGGUGAUUUUCAGCUGCGCGAGACCAUGAGCAGCGAUCGUUAUAUUACUAAGCAAACGCGCAGCAUUACCGGGCCACCACCAUCGCAUGUUGGUAUGUCCUCGCAGUCGCACUCACAUCCAUCGCAGACAUCGUCGACGUCCUCGUCGACAACGGGGCAAUUGUCGGCGGGUGGCGGCGGCGGAGGUGGCGGUGUAGCGCCUCGUGGCGAACGCGUCCACGAGCGCGAGCGGGAACGCGACAAUCGCGAGAGCAUAAUGAUAGGCACCACACACCCACAAUCAUCGAUGGGUCCGGGCGGGGUUGGUCAGAGUGGGUCUACGCAGUCUGCUGCAGCUCUGAUGCUGGCUGGCGGAUUGAAGAUCUCGGGACCAUCCUCGACAUCGGCUAAUGUGGCAGGCGACAAUGGCAGCAAGUAUGGCGGCGGUACGAUGAUAAAGCGUAAACCUGUGCAGCAAGGCGGCAAGAUAAUACGCGGUAAUUCAUCGAAUACUGUCGGCGCCGGAGGCAACACUGGAGGUGGUGUGCCCCAGGGAGGAAGCGGCGGCGCCGGAAACAAUACUGUUGGUGGCAAGGGUGGUUAUCAGCCAUCCUUGAACAUGGGGGGUCAGGGUCAGUCCUCAUAUCAGGGCUACUCCCAAAUCAUGCACGGCUCUUCUCAGUACCGUAACCAAUCCCACAUGGGAGGUGGCGCCUCAAAACUGAAUGGUGAGUCAAACAGCAAGUCCAGCAAUCCGCUGCCUCAGCGCCAAAUGCGUCAGUAUCCCAACAACACGUUGAAUUACGGUAGUGAGGCACCCCAGCUGGGCAAGGCAAUGCACGGAUCCCAUGGAGGUGGGCACAACAGCAACUCGCCGCCAUUGCAGGCUGGAGGUCAGCACCAACAAAGUGUCAACAUGCAGUCGGGACAGAGUGGCCAGAAUCAGGCACAGCAGCGUCCUAUGCGCUCGCGCGAUAAUCAAAUUCAGGAUUUUCGACAGUUCGGACAGGAGUUUCAGCUGGCAGGUAGUAACACCUCCCCGCCGCAACAGCAGCAGCAGCCACAACAGCAACAGCAAUCGCAGCCACCUCGUGGUGGCUUGCAUCAGCCACAACAGUCUGUUUCGCCGCCGCAGCAGCAGCAGCAUGUAUCGAUGCAGCAUGUACAUGUACAGCAGCAGCAGCACCACGGACAUGCGCCGCCGCCGCAGCAACAACAACACUACGUGCCUCAACAACAGCAACAACACUUGCAGCAAAAAGCUCAGCAGCAGCAACAACAGCAACUUGUUGACAGCAGUGGCGGUGGAGGUGGUGGCAACAUGCAUCAACACAUGCCUAAACAGCAUCAGGGCCAUGUGCCACCUCAGCAGCAGCAGCAACAGCAGCAGCAGCAGCAGUCACAGUUGCCGCCUGCACAGCAGCAGCAACAACAACAGCAGGUGCCACAACACGUGCAAGAGCAGCCACAACCCCUUUAUCAUGCCUUACCGCCGCCAGCUGCGGCACAACAGCCGCAAACAUCCCCGGUGAUGAUCACAUCUCCAGGUAUAUUGGAGAGCGCACCACAUCAACAACAGCCACAGGUUCAGCAGCCACUGCAAGCGGUCACGCCAAAGCCGGAUAGCUUGAUUACGCCGCCUGCACUAAGUGGUAGCGGUGGCGCCAACACCAACAGCUCGGUGAAUGUUGCCACCAACAGUGCUGCAUCCACUGGCAUAGCCAGUACUCCGACAACGGCUCCGACUGCCGCCGUUGCCAGCACUAGUGACAAAUCAACGCCCGUGGGCACACCAGCAGCUGCAAAUGCCCAGCUGCCCAAUAACGUUGCUUCUAACAACAACUCUGCCAGCGGCACAACUCCCGUGGUAAAAAAGCCACAUGUGCUCAAUCCGUCGGCCAAGCCGUUCACCCCACGUGGCCCCAGCACACCUAAUCCCUCGCGACCACACACGCCACAGACACCCGUGCCGAUGACAAGUAUCUACACCACGGGUGCUCAUGUGCCUGUAGCUAACCCGGCGUCCAUUUAUGUAGUGCAGCCGCAACAUCCAUUCCAGCCACCCACGCACCCGCAAGCUGGUCAGGCGCCACGCAUGCGCCGCGGCACCUUUGCUCCGAUGACAGCACCGCCAAUGCAUGUAUCGGCUACUACGGCCACCGGACAACCACUGAUGGCUACUGGUCCCAUUCAGCAGUUUAUUCAAUAUCCGCAUGGACCGCAUCAACCACAUUUCCCAUCACAGCCUUAUCAGUCCAUGCAUGUACGCAUGUAUCCGGAGCAGCCGCCGCCGAUGCAGUUCCUGACGCAGACACCGCCAUCAACAACACCAUCGCCAGGACAUCAAACGUUCCAUCCGCAACCACAGCCCUCCCCUGCCGGCGGGGGACCACAACCUACGUUCACACCGCAGUCGCAACCUCAGGCAUACCAGCUGAUGUGUCCCGUGCUGCACCCACAACAAAUCAUGACCAGUCAUUACUACCAGCCAACGCCACAGCAUCCGCCACAGAACCAACCGUAUCAAAUUCUGAUGCAGCAGCAUCCAACGCAGUGAGUGGGUAGUGGCGGGGCAGCGCCGACAAUGCCAGCAGCAGCCGCACCGUCAGUGGCAAAAGUGGCAACUGCAAGCUCCUCUUUUGCCCCAAUGCCAUGGUCAUUGUCGUCGUAAGUCGUCGUGCGGCGCUUGUGAUAGGAAGUUCAGUGUAGACAAGCCCGCAGUAGAAGUUAUCACGAUCCAUCAGCAUCCAUCAUUGCACACAUCUCGCCCAGGAUUAAACAACAACAGUCAUACACAGAAACCACACACCCGAGCUCUACUAUACGUGCACGCACACGCAACCCCCACAUGACACACCCACGAAAACACACAUAUAUAUACAAUCGCUGUUACACGGUUCCAGUACCGAAUCAAAAUAGUUGCAUUGCAUAAAACAAAAGCAAAUAAUUUCCCUUAAAUCCGACGCGAGGUUGAAUCAUGUGCGAAAAGCUCACACCACAAUAAAUCACACCCGCAUUUUUGAAACACCAACAA